GACAUGCUUAAGUGACCUGAUGAAACUCUUAAUACCCCGUCCUCUGCCCACCCGGUAAUAGACUCUGUUUGUACCACCCAAAGUUUCACUAAAACCCAUGUGGAAUGACCGCUUUCUUAAAUUUCAGAUAAUGAACUGACAAUUCAACAUUUGGAGCCACAAAAUACCUUUGCAUAGGAGCUGAAAUUCUGUGAUAAAAAUUGUGCUCCUGUACUGUACAGGCACAGCAACGUUUGUCUGCAGAACUUCUAAGAGAAUGUUGUGGAGACUUCAGUCACUGUUGGGGAAAGCACACGCCUGUCUGUACAGAGAGGUUUUAUAAUGUUAAGCCUUUACUACGACCAGGAAGAAGAAAAAUCUAAAGGAAAGGGAGGGUAGGAAAUAAUUUUUAUGUGAAGAAACUGAAAGGUAGGAGGUCUGAACCAUAGAGGUUUGGGACUCUAUGGUAUUUCCAGUUGAGUAUCUCUGGGCAGAGGGUUUACUGGGUACUUUUUUCCACAUUGAUCUUAAUCUAUUUAUCCCAUCUUCUUUCAGUAUGGAGCCUAGGAGCUCAACUGAAGGAGGAACUGUGCCUGUAAUGUGGGAGAUGCAGAUCAAUAGGGCAUGAUUGACUGCUCUAUUACAGCCUUACACAGCACGGCACUGAAGCUUGGUUCCCGUAACUACUGUUAAGAGUUUCAAAGCCAUCUUUAAACUUCAGCAGGGACCAGCCAAUGCCCGUAACAAUAUUGGGCUGCUGCAAUUCCAUCAGUGGCACACUGCCAGAGUCUACACUUUGUCUGAGCAAACCAAAUGAACAUUAUAUCAAACUCGUUUUGAAGUGAAUAGCUUCACUAGACUUAUUCUCAGAACCUAUAACUUUAAUACUUUAAGAAAAAAUAUAAUAUAAAAAUAGACACAAAACUGACCUGUCAGUUGCCACCAAGAGAAGAGUCUCUUGUUUUCAUUCUCAAAUGCAAACUUGAGGAAGGAAGCCUGGAAGAUUGUUUAUAAAAUGUCUGAGCAUGUUCAAAUGAGGCAGGGACAUUCAACAGCGUGAAGACAUGCUCAUGGAGAACUUUCAUGAAUAAAAUAUGGGACUUUUUAAUCAUCAAUUUUCUUUUCAUGCAAAGUUUGUGGAUAAAUGAAUAAGACAUUUACCAGCCAUUAAUGAAGCAAAGAAAAGAUAAACUUCAAGUGGGCAAAACCAUGAAAGCAAUUCAGAAAAGUGAAGUCGCUGGAGUGAGCACACGAGAGAUUCACCUGGAUGAUCACGUAUCUUGCUACAGGUAUCACCAACCUGUCUUUAGCCACCUUCUGGAAAGACGGUUCAUUGAUACCAGCCAGGUCAGCACAGGAAUUUGUUUGAUGUGCUUAAGAGAUUGGUAACAAUAGCUCCUAACGUGACUGCGUUGCGAGGUGACAGUGUUUCCUUGGAGACAGUGGAUCCACACAGACCCAGCCAGGCUCCUUGCAGGUUACAUCUCCUCAGAGGAUGUCGAACUACCUCUCCAUGCAGGGGCAAAGAUGGGAAGAUAAGCUUUGACUGUAGACAAAUAGCUUUAUGCAAGACAUGAGGAUUUUAUGCAACAGCAAGACAUGUCUGAAAGUUCCUCAGGUCUGACUACAAGCAAUCAAAAAUUCUGUAAAUCCUAUUCAUCCUGCUGCUCCAUCCUAAGCGACACACACACUAUUCUACCGGCUUUAUUCCAAAACAGAGGAUUCAUCAGGCAGAACUGUGAUUCUGGGCUACCUUCCCCACUUCCUUCUGAUUCCUUCAAGUAUUUCGGCUGGUGUGACAUAGAAGAACAUGAUGUUCGGGGAAAUCAGCUUCACUGUCCCCGAGUGAGAGAAGGUCCCUCAGAAGAAGAGCUAUUUUUCAGAGGAGAAGCGCAUAUUUUGAAAAAAAGAAAACAAGUAACUGACACAGAGAAGUGGCAAAAGAAACUGCAAGAGAACUGGGAAAACUGUGCUGAGUUGAACCUUUCAUAUCAGGACCUGGGUGAUCUUUACCAGGUGGAAAACUUCAAAAGGAUUCUCCAAAGAUUAAUUCGGGUGGAAAAACUUUGGUUGGUGGACAAUUCUUUGGCAGACCUAAGUGCCAUAAGGUUGCCAAGAUGCAGAGAACUAAAUGUCAAUAAAAACCACUUUACAUCCUUCAAACAGCUGCCAAAGAUACCUCAGAUUCAGCACUUAUCACUUGCUGAAAAUAACAUUAUGACACUAAGUGGAAUAUCAGACUUCAGGCGUACUCCACUUGAAUCCCUUAUACUCAAGAGGAAUCCCUGUGAAUUUCAAGAAAGAUACAGGCAACUUGUGUUCUCCAGUUUGCCAAAUCUGAAAAUGCUGGAUGGUAUCCCAAAACUGCCAGAGGACUGUUCCCCCCCAGAUAGCAGGUUUUUUUUCAAAAUGUGUACUAUACUCUAGCACUGUAUUUUUGCAGGAUCACAGCUGUGCUAGAACCACCUCACUGAGAGAUACAGUAAAUCCUGUGUAUGGAAGUUACUCUUUUUCUCUGAUCAAAGAGAUACUGAAGCAGAAAUAUGAUUUUUUUAAAAUGUGUUUGUGAUACCACAGACUUCAAGUAAGUAUGAAUAAAUGAUAUGUAAAUAAGACAUAAUGUGUAUACUGAGUGUCAUGAGUUUGGUGUAUUAAAAAUACUGGGUGACUGU